GCCAGUUCCAUCGGGAUUGUUGCUCUCUCACCGUCAUAUUUACACAGGAACAGAGAUCAAACUACGAAGGAAUAAAAGUACAGUUGGGAUUUAGACCUUUGUUCCAGCGUGUUCCGCGGCUUCAUAAUGUCAUCUGGAGGGCUAUCAGUCUGCCCCACCACUCUGUUGCUGUGGGUCCUAGCUUUAACUACGGCCUGGCUCCUGCUCAGAGGGUUGAUGGGGUUGUGUGGGGGGGACUCUCACCCCCCUAGUGAUCCCCCUUUACCCUGUCUCCCCUACCUCCCUCUCCUGGGGAGUCUCCUGAGUCUGAGAGGAGACCAGCCCCCCCAUCUCCGCUUCACUGAGCUGGGACACAGGUAUGGCCCACUCUAUGCCCUGUACCUGGGUCCCCAUUACACAGUGGUAGUGAAUAACUAUCAGCAUGCCAGAGAAGUGCUGCUACAGAGAGGGAAGGAGUUCGCUGGGAGACCCAAGAUGGUGACUACAGAGUUGUUGACUCGGGGGGGGAAGGACAUAGCGUUUGCUGACUACUCUCCUCUAUGGAAGAACCACCGCAGGCUAGUACACAAUUCUUUCACCCUGUUCGGAGAGGGGACCAGCAAACUACAGAGCAUCGUACUAGAGGCAGUGGAGGUGCUGUGCAGUGACCUCCAGGCCAGCAGGGGGAAGGCUGUUGACCCUGGUCCUCCUCUGAUGAGAGCUGUCACCAAUGUGGUGUGUACCCUGGUGUUCAGCUCCACCUACCAACCUGGUGACCCUGAGCUGACCUCUGUGAUGGAAUACAACGACGGUAUCGUCCAGACCAUCGCUAGAGGGGGACUAGUCGACAUCUUCCCCUGGCUACGGUUUCUCCCCAACCAGACGCUGGCCAAGCUCAGAGACUGUAUCACAACCAGGGAUCAGCUGCUCAGCAAGAAGCUACAAGAACACAAGGUGUCGCUGAUCAGCGGGGAGCCCCGUGACCUGCUGGACGCUCUGCUGCAGGGUCAGACUAGGAUCCAACAUAACCAGGGGUCAGGGGAGCAGGAAGAGGAGAGGAUCAGUGACGACCACGUCUUGAUGACUGCAGCUGAAGCAUUCGGAGCCGGAGUAGAGACCACCUCGACGACACUACUCUGGGUCCUGGCUUUCCUCCUGCACCACCCACAGGUCCAGGAGCGUGUGCAGAAGGAGCUGGAUGAGGUGGUGGGUUGUGGGAGGAGUCCAGAUGUGUCAGACCGCCCCCACCUGCCCUACCUGGACUCUGUCAUCAAUGAGGUCAUGAGGAUACGCCCUGUCAGCCCUGUCCUCAUUCCUCACACCGCCCUGACUCACAGCAGGUAA